AUGGUCAACGGCCAGGAGCUGUCGCCGAUGGACAACGUGGAGGUUGGCGUGGGGGCAGAGAUCACAUUUGGCGAUGAGUACCUGGCGCGCUUCCAGCUGGAUUUCGCCUCGGACGCACCCACCCCCGCCAGCUCGGGCGCCGCGGCCGCGCCGGCCAGCGGCCUGCAGAACAGCGGCACCGUGGUGCUCGGGUCGGAGGAGGGCGGCAGCUAG